GUCACUGUUACGUUGAGUGCAUUUUUCCAUCGGAAGGGUGACAUUUGUACACAAAAUUGGCAAAUUUGGCUAAAGGAAAAUGGCUGUGAACGUUUUCUCUACUGGCCAGACUACAGACAAUCUUAGUCGACAUGAUCUGAUGGAGUGGGUAAGAGGAAGUCUUGAUACAAACCUGGAUAAAGUCGAACAAAUGUGUACUGGGGCUGCGUAUUGUCAGUUUAUGGAUAUGUUAUUUGAAAAUUGUGUUAAAUUAUCAAAAGUGAAAUUCUGUACUAACCAAGAACACGAGUACAUUUCAAAUUUUAAACUGCUACAAGAAUCUUUCAAAAAAUGUGGAGUUGAUAAAUCGGUUCCAGUGGACAGGCUAAUAAAGGGUAAAUUUCAAGAUAAUUUUGAGUUUCUACAGUGGUUUAAAAGGUUUUUUGAUGCAAACUAUGGUGGCCAAGAAUAUGAUGCCCUUGCUGCACGUGGUGGACAGUCUUACACUACUCUGAAUGUUGUCAAGCGUAAGCCAGCUGGAUCCACAGCACCCAAAGCUCCAACAAGCCGUGCAGUGCAACCUAAAUCAAGUAUUGCAAGAUCUGCUAAAUCACCUCCAUCAAGGAAUGGUGGUGCUGCUUACCGCCCCCCUGUGGCAUCUACUGGAGGUGGAAGCGGAGGAGCCUCUAGUGCUGGAGCACAGCAAAAAGAUGCUAAGAUUAGAGAGCUAACUGAACAGAAUGAUUCCUUAAAGACAACAGUCCAAGGACUCGAGAAGGAGAGAGAUUUUUACUUUGGCAAACUCAGAGAUAUUGAAAUGUUCUGUCAAGAGGAGCAAGCAAGAGUAGAGCCAGCACAACAAGAAGUUAUCCAGAAAAUCCUAGAUAAAUUAUAUGCAACAGAGGUAUAUGAUAUCAAAGAGGAGGGCUUUGAAGCACCAGAAAAUGAAGAACUUGAACAAGAAGAAUACUAAGUCCUUUUCUUUACAAACUGUGUUCCACAUAUCUAAUAUAAUGAGGGAUACACUUACCAUCAUAAGAUCAUUUGCUUUCUUGCUGUUUUGAAUACACAGGUAUAUUACACCCAUCAAAUGUGCUCAAAAGACAUUUUAUUUCAAAAAGCACAUCAAAAUAGCAUUAAGUCAAUAGUUUGUAAAGUUGAGGUGAUAUUUAUGCCUUGUUUAAUCUUAUUGUGAUUGACAGCGUAUCACUAUUGUCAAUAAACCCUUAACUCGUCAAGUCAAGCAUUUUUCAUUAAUAUAUAUUGUUUGGACAGUUUAUGUAGUCCAAUAUUUUAUGAUUAGAACUAUCUGAAGAAUGUAGUGCAUAUUUUCUUUGUGCCAUAUGUAGUGUGGUUCUAGUUGUUUUAUACAUUGCCAUGGUAGCAUGUGUUAGAUAUAUCCCAUCAAAAACUGUCUCAAAAACAGACUUGUCACAUCAAAAGAAUAAGAAUUUAACCUUGAAGUGCAAAAAUAAACCAUAGAAGAUGACCAAUAAAUAGCAAUCAAAACA